CGUUGGUAACCUUCCUUUCUAUCAUAUCGUAGUAGAGAUUACAUUGGAAAGAAAAAAUGGAUCCGCUAUUGAACUGCGACACCAACCAGGACUUGGAUCGGAUGGACGAUCAUGACGACGAUACCUUCGUUUAUUGGAGGCACUCAUGCAAACCAGCGACCUAUUCUGAAGAUCAUCUUAGUGCUAUGAGUCGCCGGUCGGAGUCUCUUCGGAGAUCAAGGACAUGGAGAUACAAGACUGCUGUCUCUUCAGCCCAGGGACCUUGUGCACUGUUGUCUACAACAACAGAGCAGCCUGCCGAGCAUUCCAUCCAUUCCAAUAUCAUCACAAGCUCGUCCAAAGUCGAUUCACUCUUACCCUCAGCAUCUCAUUCGCAGUCGGAACAAGGCUCACCCUCGACCGUAACGAGAGUAGAAGCAAUACCACCGCAUCAGGUAUGGCCAGGAGCAGCACGCCAAAGCGAAUACAGAAGCGGGGGCUCCCUGCAAUCAUCUCCAGCGGAGUCUACUGCAUCCGACAAGUCGAUAAGGCCUUUUGUAUCCUCCACAAUCGCUAGACUUUGUCCUCGUCGUCCAACAUCUGACAGUUUGAACGUCAAAGAUAUUCAGGAUAGCAACCCUGCAUCUUCUGCAAGCUCUUCAAACUACAACAGCACUUUCAACGUCAAAACUGAGGACAAUGGAAACACGCAGGAUACCACUACUGGUACUACACCACCCUCUAACUUUGAUGAGAGCGGCUCCAAUAACCCACCAGAAGUCUCGAAGACACUCAAGGAUCACAGACCAAUCGUACCGAGGAUUAUCAUACCAGACGGCACCUCCGUAAACCUUUCAACACCAUCAACGACACCUCGCCAAGAGCGAUCUACGCCAGUUCGAAGCCCGACAUCGCCUUGGUCACAUAAUGUAGGGCAGAUCAUGGAGCGACUUCAAUUGCAAGGUCGUCUAGCGUUUUCUCGGAAUAAUCGGUCACCAGAUCGAACACUUCAGGAGCAGCAGCAAGCCAUCGGACUGACAGCUUCAGGGAAGAUCAGAGAUCGCCAUCAAGUAUCGGACAACUUGCCGGAGAGUUUAGCAGACGCCAUUAUGGAGGCCCAAAUUGUAGUCGUCAAGGAUAUUCAGCAAUUUCAUCAACCAAAGCUGAACCGAAGAGCCGACGGCGAUAGAAUAAGAUCGCGAUCACUCGUGGACAAACUACAGACGGCAGCCAAGAUACCAGUCUGGAUAGGACCCGUUCAGCCAGACUGCUUUGACAACAAAUGUGACUUUGACCAUUUCGGCAACGAGUACUUUGCGUUCUUGCAUCCUGAGUCCUUUGGAAUUGCUCUGCCUCAUAAUUGGCCAUCCUUGUGCAAUAGUUGCAUCGAUAUCUCCAGAAACGAGUUUCUGUACAAGACUAGAGUCCGGAUACUGGGCGACCUUGUCUCCUGCUCAAGUGCGUCAACAUCCCCUCCUCCGUCAGCCAUCAAUGUGACCAGCUCCCAAUUUCAGCCUAUAGCCAUAUCGGUGCCGUCUUCCAUCCCCUCAAGGACUGAGUACAUACCCACAUCGACAAAGCGUUUGCAAAAUGCAACAGUGCUGCCCAAGGCAUCCAGCUCGACAAAGUCUGUUACGCGUGGACCAUAUCCUACGAUGACUCAUGAGAGAAAACUGAAAUCAAGCAGAGACGAACCGCGUCUCGCCAGAAUGCCACAACAGCGACAUUCACACGAGCAGUCGCGCCUCCCGAAGCAGCAAAAACCACGCUUUAGUGGACCUCAACACUCACAUGGAGCAUCCAAGGGCUUAACCGAGCACGGAGUUCAAAAACGAGGGAUCGGCACGUCGCCAAACACGCCUAACAACACAACCCACGGCGCCGAUAUGGUGGAUCUUCCGUAUCUGAUCGUGGAUCCUGCAACAUUUUCCAACCUGACAGCGUUCGAGACGCCAAGGACUCUACAAAAUCUGGACCUCCUGCGAGUCCAGUUCCGAUUCGUCCUCUGCGAUAGCUGA